GUAGAAACAAUUCGCGUAGUUCUCAAAAAGGAACUGGAUCUUCCCAUUAUUGAAAUGUCCGAUGCCAAAGCAAGACUGGAUGGUGGAGACGUUUUGUUCACAGGUCGGGAAUUUUUUGUGGGCCUUUCCCAAUGGACAAAUGAAGCAGGAGCCAGAGCAGUUGCUGCAGCGUUUCCGGAAUAUCCAUGUACACCUAUUAAGGUACCAGACUCAAAACACUUGAAAACAUUGAUAACGAUGGCCGGUCCAGAUUUACUGUGCGUAGGAGCUGGAAAAGAUUCCCAAGAAGUUCUGAAGAGAAUGGAAAGGGAAGCGACCUUCAGCUAUCAAACGCUCACUUUACCAGAAGAUGAAGCUGCCAACGUCCUUUAUCUGAAUGGUACUCUGGUUCAUCGCAGUAUUGAAGAAAUACCCCGAUCCUUCAAGGUGUUUGGUGAGAAAAUAGACUACCCCAGACGAUCUGUAAACAUCAGCCAAUUAUCAAGAUUGUCUUGUGGAUUAUCGUCCAGUUGUAUACUAGUCCGAAGGACCCGUCACUUGAGGAAUCUCUAAGAUAUAUGUUAGCAAAUAUUUUUUGUAAUUUUUCAGACAAUGCUGGAGAAUCUUCAGUACUGACUGCUUGAUGAGGACUCAAAAGUAUUAGUAUUUUUAUUUUAAAAAUGGGGUUAAUGCAGAUGGGUCUCUCGUGUCUCUCGAAAUGACGAGAGUUUUCAAUUGAUAAAUUAUGAAACCAUUAUUGAGAGUCGAAUAUGUUGUAAAAAAAAACAGUUCGUAUAUGUGUAUUUUUUUGUCAAUAGCAUGAGUGUGCUCCAAAAUAAUCCUCUUCAUCAGUCACUGAAAAUAUCGGAUAUUGUCUGA